AUGGCCAGGUUGAUAGAAAAAAACAGGAAAGGAGUUCGUUAAGAAAUUCCAGAGAAUCGACCAGCACUCUUCCCGACGGUUGUGCAUCUGCGGUUCUUGAAGACGACGAAGAUGGCGUAUAGGAGAAGACAAGGAAUUACGAGGGCUUCGACCUUCAAGGAGGAGAUUCAUCACCAACCGGACGAUCACCUCUCCGGCUCUCCAGCGUUAAAUUCUUCAUAUUCAUUUUCGCCGUCCUCAUCCUCCUCAACGCAAUCCUCAUCACUUGCUGCUCAGGCGAUCAGGGCCUCUGCAGCUCGUCGUGAAUCGUCUUUUGCCUCCGAAUCUCAAAGAUCCAAGGGGUCGGGGUUUGCUGCAAAUGAGGAUACACCGUCUGGAAAGGAUCCCAGGGGAUUUUGGGGUGUCCUGGCUCACAAAGCAAAAGCAAUUCUUGAGGAUGAUAUUGGAUCCCAACAAUUUGAAAAUCCUAGUAGAUCAAGAUUCCAGAUGCCAGAUGAUUCAUCUGGUGGCAAGUUUCAGCAGCCAUACCAACAAUCAUCUGAUAACUUGAGAAAAAUGGACAAUCCUACAUUCCGGAAGGGCUUGGAUAAGCUUACUUCUUCUCUUAACCAAAUUGGUGAUACCUUUGAAAAGGCUUUUGAGGAAGGACGCACAAUUGUGGAAAAUAAGACUGCAGAUAUUAUCCAAGAGACACGCAAACUUCAAAUGAGACGAAAAGGAAACAGUCCUGAGGCACAUAAUCGAGAUAUUGGAAUUAGUACUUCGUGGCAACCUCUGGUGCCGCCUGCACAACCUCUGAAUCAAGCCAACCAUGACAUUCAACUCAAGGCAUCUCGCGACGUUGCAAUGGCAACAGCGGCUAAAGCAAAACUUCUUCUUCGGGAGCUCAAAACUGUUAAAGCAGACCUGGCUUUUGCAAAGGCAAGGUGUUCUCAACUGGAAGAGGAGAAUAAAAUUCUUCGUGAAAAUCGCGAGAAGGGGAGUAAUGCUGCAGAUGAUGACUUGAUUCGCCUUCAACUGGAGACACUUUUGGCAGAAAAGGCUCGUCUAGCACACGAGAAUUCAAUAUUUGCUCGUGAGAAUCGUUUCUUGAGGGAAAUCGUUGAAUAUCACCAGCUCACCAUGCAGGAUGUUGUUUAUUUGGACGAGGGGAAUGAAGAAGUUACAGAAGUUUAUCCCAUUGCCAAGAUGCUCUCUGUUUCUCCACCCUCUCCUACCUCUCCAGACUCACAUUCUGGAAGCCCAACAGUUCCUAUUUCGCCUCCAGACACACCUGAUAUAUCAGCAAGUGAUUCCCAGCUGAGUUCAGCUACUCAAGUACUCGAGGAAAACAAGGAAAAUAGUGGCAAAACAUCCCCACUGGACUCGAGUACUCAAGUACCUGCGGAGAAAGUUGGCAGUAUAUCCCAAGUACCUUCUGACUAAAUUGAGUCUCACAUUCUUUAUUUAUUUAUUUUUAUUUUUUUCCCUUUUUAGUCGUCUUCUUUUUGGAUUUUUCUUCUUGUUUUUUAUGGAGUAAGUUGUGGGUGGUUUCACGGGUGCUUAUUUUUCAUCCUUUUCUUCCUUUGUUUUAUAUGUGUGGGGAGAAGAUGCUCUUUUCUUUCUUUUUGGCCCGCAUUUGUUGUUAUUUUUGUGUAUGUAAUUAUGUUAAAAUACGUAUCCAGGCUCUUUCGAUUUAUUCUUAAAAAAUAGGCAAUUCUUUUUCUUGUU